AUUUAGCUUUUAUGCAUGCAUCAUUUUCACUACCAAAGUCUACUUUGUUAUUCGAUUUGCAGAUAUGGUCAUAGAACAGCCCAGGGGAUUCUCACUGAUGGAUGGAAUGCUCUAACACGAUACUACUUGAACAACUUUGUUGAUGGUACAAAACAGGAUGCCAUUGAUUUAUUGCAAGGACACUAUAUUUUAUCUGUCCCUCGAGACAUGAAACCGUCAUCCCAAAAAGGAGGCAUUGAGACUAAAGCUUCAUUUCCUAUAGCAUUGGCACUGAUAAUGACGGGGUUAUUCUUUUCUUUAUUGUCGCUGAGGAAAGUUCGUUUUGAUCUUCGGAAUUUGCUAUAUGCAAUGGUCUGGGCAAGCAUAAGUUUGGGCAUAGCUGCAUUUGUGAGGGCCAACGGUCGAAUGUUCUGUAACAGGCCUAGCCUGCACCAAUCAAAGUGUUGAUCCUGGAUUCAGAAUGCUUGCUAGUAGCUAUAUUAGCUGAAAUUACCAGAUUUGUCGUAUUCUUUGUAACGAUUUUGGCAAUUUUGUACUCUUUUCAUGUGUUGACAACCUUCUCUUCGACCAUUCAUUUGAUAAUUGAAAGGUCCGAGUUACAUGAAUGUCAAUUAUUUCUGAAAUCAUUUCAUUUGGCCCUAGUUACGUGAUCA